CGGGGGGUGAGGAGAGAGCGGAGGGCUGCGGGUAGAGGCGUUCUCGCGAGAUUUCCAGAAUGUACCUGAGGAGAGCUGCCCUGUGGCUGCUGCGUGUCGGGAGCCGGGUCACUGCUCGGGAUCCUGGGGGGUCACUCCGGAGUCAAUCCGGAUUGUGUCCUUACAGAGCUGUCAUCUUUGAGGCCGGCGGGGUGCUCCUCCCCUCCCCGGGCAGGACGGCUGCUGAGUGGGAGGCCCAGCACUGGAUUCCAGCUGGCACCAUCCAGCAAGCUCUACACUCCGGAGGGGAAAACAGUCCCUCUGGGAAGUACAGCAGAGGAGAGCUGACGGCUGUGGAGUUUUUGCAGGAACUGGGACAGCAGUGCUUUGAGAUUGCAAAUGUCUCUGUUCCCGUGGACUCUUUUCUCUUGGACUUAAUAAAAGCCGAGCUGAUAAAACAGCUCCCCAUCCUGGCAGAAGCAGCACAGUGUAUCCGUGCAGAAGGGCUCAAGACAGCUCUGCUGAGCACCAGCUUCUGUCUGCCGACUGGAGAGAGCUCUCUGCCCCUGGAUCGAGAACACUUUGAUGUGAUGAUUGAAUCUCCUCUGGGAGGGCUGUGCCAGCCAGAUCCUGGGAUCUACAGCCUCUGCUUGGAGCGCUUGGGUGUUCAGCCCCAGGAAUCCAUCUUCCUCGACAGCAACAGCCAGAACAUAAAAGCAGCAGCCCAGCUGGGCAUCCAAACGGUGAAGGUCGAUGAUCCAGAAGCAGCACUCAAAGAGCUGGAGACCUAUCUGGGUUUUCCUUUGCAAGGGUUUGUUCCAUACACUCAUUCAGUGAGACCAGGCAUGGAAAUCCCACAAGAUCGUCUGCAGAAGUACCUUGAAAAUGUUCUUGGUGUCCAGGCAAGAGGCCCACCAGUCUUACGGCAGUUUGGCCACGGACCAUCUGCCCGGACCUACUGUGUCCAGUUUGGAGAUCACCACCUGGUGCUGAAGAAGGAGCCCUCUGCCAGGCUGUGUCCCUCAGAAUCUGCUGUUGGGAGGGAAUACAGGGUGCUGAAGGCUCUCUCUGAAGCUGGAGUUCCUGUACCCACUGUACUGGCUCUCUGUGAGGACAAAAGCACCCUUGGCACCCCUUUCUACCUGAUGGAGCACUGUGCUGGCUGUGUCUACAGUGAUGUCUCCCUCCCCACGCUGCAGCCUGGCCAGAGAAAGGCUCUUUAUGCUGCCAUGAGUCAAGUCCUCUCCAUGAUCCACAGCAUGGAUCCCAGAGCAGCCAAGCUGGAAGACCUCAUGGAGCAUGGGAAUUACAUCCAGCAGCAAGUUGAGGCCUGGACAAAGCAGUACCGAGCCAUGGAAACUGAUGUGAUCCCAGCCAUGGAGAGACUCAUCCAGUGGCUGCCUCUGCAUUUUCCUGAGUCUCAGAAGACAACAGUUGUGCAUGGUGAUUUCAGGAUGGACAACCUGAUCUUCCAUCCAGACAGGCCAGAAGUCCUUGCUGUCCUUGGCUGGAAGCACUCAACCCUAGGAGAUCCCAUCUCUGACUUGGCAAAUAACUGUAUGGCCUACUUCCUGCCACCUCACUUUAAUGCACUGAGAGGUUUGAGGAAGUGCAACCUGAGGAGCCUGGGAAUCCCCACAGCAGAGGAGUAUUCCCAAAUCUAUUGGGGUCACAUGGGAAUGGAGAGCCCUGAGAACUGGAAUUUCUACCUGGCCUUUGCCUUUUUCCGACUGGCUGCAGCUCUGCAGGGGCUCUACAAACACUCUCUGACAGGGGAAGCAGCUGGAGGUGAAAGCAGCCGGGAGGAUGCAGAGUUUGUGGCCGACCUGGCCUGGGAGUUUGCCAUAAAAGAAGGAUUCCGUGUUUUUAGCAGCCUCCCCACCAAAAAGCCUCUUGCACGAGGUUACAGCACCUGGACCAGGUGUGGGCUCUUCCUCAGCAGGAGCUGUGGUACCAGGCCACAUCCUGGUGAGUCCGAAGUCCCCCUGGUCACUGCCCCCCACCAGCUCCAUGGGGAUAUGCAGCAGGGGCUCCACUGGAAGCUGGAAAAGAUCGUGGGAGUGCAGUGGAGUUUUCUGAUUUCCCAGCCCAGAUGGACUCCACGUGCCCUUCUGGAGCUGAAGGUCUCUGGAGCAGAGCAUUUCCACAGCACAGCCCCCAGCCUCAGACCUGAGCUCCAUGUCUGGCUGAAGAUCCUGUGUGGUCCAAAGAACAGAGCUCUCCAAACCCCAGCUGAGCCACCAACCACAGGACUGAGGAGCCUUGGACAUCAAACUGAACCAGCAGCUCCAGCAUGGGAGUGGUCAUGCUAACAGCAGCAUGGCAGCUUCUGAAUUGCAGUGAUGUUUGUUGUUCUCUCCUAUCUGGGACUCAGCCUUUACUGCCAAGCUCAAUAUUUAUGGGGCAAAAUACAUCCCUGGAUCAUCAGGCUGCAGGCAGUCUUGAAAGGGGGGGAAAUGGUCAGGAAUGACCAGGCUAAGGUUUCAGAACUUGGCUUUGGGGAAUAAAGAGAAUGGAGAAUGG